CGUGAAACAAAGUGCAGCGUCCGCGAGAGCCCGUAGCGAAGCGAAAGGAGAAAGGAGAGAAUGGAGCGGCUGAAUCCACAACAGGAGGAAUAAUAAACCACGAACUGAAGAAGAAGAAGACGACUGAAGGCGGCGGCGGCGGAGGAAGAGGCGGACAAGGAGAAGAAGAAGAAGGACAAACACGCUGGGAAGAAGAAAAGAAAAACUUUUCGGGGGGGAGAAAACAGUUAACAGACUCAACACACGGCCACGUUUAAAAACAUGGAUACACUUUUCUCUCUGUUCCCGGGACUCCUGUUUCUCUUCUGGGCAGUUAGUAACGUCUGCGGUCAAAUCCCGACAGCUCACAUGGGGCGCGCCGAGAAGGGGAGCUGCACGUUUGACGAGGGCUUCUCUCAGUGUGAUUACCAGCAGGAUCCCUACGAUGACUUUGACUGGACACACAUCAACACCCAGGAAGUGCCGUACGUCUCGCCAGAUCUGCCCCAAGGUUCCUACAUGUACGUGGACGUCUCUCAGUAUGACAUUGGGGAGAAGGCCAGGUUUCAGCUGCCAGUCAUGAAGGAGAAUGACACGCACUGUAUCGACUUCAACUAUCUCCUCACCAGCCCCGACGGCUCCAGCCCCGGCACUCUCAACGUCCUGGUGAAGGUGAACAAAGGUCCACUGGCCAACCCUAUUUGGAAUGUCACAUCCUACACUGGUAAAGACUGGCUGAAAGCCGAACUCGCCGUCUCCACUUUUUGGCCCAAUGAAUAUCAGGUCAUUUUCGAAGCAGAGGUUUCGGACAGCAAAGCCGGCUUCAUCGCCAUUGAUGACAUUCAGGUGCUCAGCUACCCAUGCGAUAAAUCCCCGCAUUUCUUGCGCCUUGGGGACGUGGAGGUGAACGCCGGACAAAACGCCACAUUUCAGUGUAUCGCUACAGGACGAGACACGUCCAACAAUAAGCUCUGGCUACAGAGGAGAAAUGGAGAAGAUAUUCCUGUGGCUCUGACCAAAAACAUCAACCACAGACGGUUUGCCGCCUCCUUCCACCUAAAAGAAGUCACAAACCAGGAUCAAGAUCUGUACCGCUGCGUCACCCAAUCAGAGCGAGGCUCCGGGGUGUCUAAUUUUGCUGGCCUUAUCGUCAGAGAGCCCCCUCACCCCAUCGCCCCACCCCAGCUGUUAGGCGUCGGUCCUACGUAUCUGCUGAUCCAGCUGAAUGCUAACUCCAUAUUUGGAGAUGGACCCAUUAUACUGAAAGAGGUUGAGUAUCGUAUGACAUCUGGCAGCUGGACGGAGACUCACGCUGUGAACUCUCCCAACUAUAAGUUAUGGCAUCUUGACCCGGACACAGAGUACGAGAUCAGAGUGUUGCUGACCAGACCGGGAGAGGGAGGGACGGGCAAACCUGGACCGCCGCUCAUUACCCGGACCAAAUGUGCAGAACCUAUGCGGACUCCUAAGAGGCUAAAGAUCGCUGAGACCAGGUCUCGUCUGAUCGCCGUGGACUGGGAAUCGCUGGGUUACAACAUCACUCGCUGUCAUACCUUUAAUGUCACCAUCUGCUACCAUUACAUGACUGCCAACAACCGCAGCAAAGCUGACUGCUUGGACAUGGACCCUAAAGCACCACGCCACCUGGUGGGAAACCUGCCACCCUACACCAACGUCAGCCUCAAGAUGAUUCUGACCAAUCCAGAGGGGCGAAAAGAGAGUGACGAAACCAUCAUACAAACUGAUGAAGAUGUUCCAGGCGCAGUUCCCAAUCAGUCACUAAGAGCCACUCCCUUUGAAGACAGUAUUCGUCUUUACUGGAAGGAACCAACUGAACCCAAUGGAGUCAUCAUACAGUAUGAGGUCAGCUACAGUGGUGUGCGUUCCUUUGACCCUUCGGUACCUCUCCAGCGGCCGGGGCUGACGGUGUCUCUGCCCUCAAACGUCACCAAUCACCUGUUUUCCCAGCUCCACCCAGGUGUCACAUACCAGCUCUCUAUACGAGCGUCCACCUCCAAAGGAUUUGGUCCUGCAACCACGCUGAACGUGACUACUAAUAUUUCAGCUCCGACAAUCGAUGAGUAUGAUGGGUCAGAAGCCUUUCUGAAUGAAACUGCAACAACCAUCACAGUCCUGCUCAAACCUGCCCAGGCCAAGGGAGCUCCUAUAAGCGCGUACCAGAUUGUAGUUGAGGAAGUGAAUCCCCAGCGGACACGUCGUCAGGCUUCCUCUGACUGUUAUGAGGUCCCAGUUUCCUACCACAGUGCAUCUAGCAGUGGAUCUCCAUAUUAUUAUGCCGCCCAGCUGUCCCCCAGCAACCUGCCUGAGCCGCUCCCCUUCACUGUGGGAGACAACAAGACAUAUCAGGGUUUCUGGAAUCCUCCACUGGCUCCAAGGAAGAACUACAACAUCUACCUUCAGGCUGUUAGCAGCACAGAAAGGGAAACAAAGACGCAGUGUUUGAGGUUGGCUACUAAAGGUGCUACAGAGGAGCCAGAAGUCAUCCCUGACCCUGCUAAACAGACGGAUAGGGUCGUGAAGAUCGCAGGGAUCAGCGCUGGGGUUCUUGUCUUUAUACUCCUGGUGCUGGUAGCCAUCCUAUUGGUCAAAAAGAGGAGGACCUACUAUUCAUACUCUUAUUACCUGAAACUGGCUAAAAAACGCAAAGACGCCAUCGGAACGACUCGACAGGAAAUGACUCACAUGGUGAAUGCGAUGGACCGCAGCUAUGCUGACCAGAGCACUCUGCACGGAGAGGAUCCCAUGGCUGUGACAUUCAUGGACUCUCACAACUACAACAACAGAUUGCCCAACGACCCUCUGGUUCCUACAGCUGUGCUAGUUCCAAUCACAGACGAGAACCACAGCGGCUCGGCGGCAGAGAACAGCCGGCUGCUGGACGUUCCUCGGUACCACUGCGAAGGAACCGAAUCCCCCUACCAGACGGGGCAGCUCCACCCUGCCAUCAGAGUGGCCGACCUCCUGCAGCACAUCAACCUAAUGAAAACAUCGGACAGCUACGGCUUUAAGGAGGAGUAUGAAGUGUUACAGAGCUUCUUUGAGGGCCAGUCGGCCUCAUGGGAUGUGGCCAAGAAGGAGCAGAACCGCACCAAGAACCGCUAUGGGAACAUUAUAGCAUAUGACCAUUCACGGGUUAUUCUCCAGCCCAUAGAAGACGACCCCUCCUCCGACUACAUCAACGCCAACUACAUCGAUGUAAGUGGAAACGCAUCGAAUGCUACUAUUGGCUCCCAACGAAACCAACGAAACCACACUCCCUCGCUCAUUUGGCUGUACAGGGAUGGCUACCAGAGACCGAGUCACUACAUUGCUACUCAGGGUCCUGUUCAUGAGACGGUGUAUGACUUCUGGAGGAUGGUGUGGCAGGAACAGUCAGCCUGCAUCGUCAUGGUAACCAAUCUGGUGGAGGUUGGAAGGGUUAAGUGCUAUAAGUACUGGCCUGAUGAUGCGGAGGUGUACGGAGACUUCAAGGUGACUUUUGUGGAGGUUGAACCUCUUGCUGAAUAUGUGGUUCGCACAUUCACACUGGAGAGGCGUGGAUUCAACGAGGUGCGGGAAGUCAAGCAGUUCCACUUCACAGGCUGGCCUGAUCACGGAGUCCCGUAUCACGCCACGGGCCUACUUUCCUUCAUCCGCAGAGUUAAAAUCUCCAAUCCACCCUCUGCUGGCCCAAUUGUGGUCCACUGCAGUGCCGGAGCAGGACGUACGGGCUGUUUCAUAGUCAUCGACAUCAUGUUGGACAUGGCGGAGAGAGAAGGAGUGGUCGACAUCUACAACUGUGUGAAGGCUCUUCGCUCCAGGAGGAUCAACAUGGUACAGACUGAGGAGCAGUACAUAUUCAUCCAUGAUGCCAUACUAGAGGCUUGUCUAUGUGGAGAAACAGCCAUCCCAGUCUGUGAGUUCAAAGCUGCUUUUUACGAGCUGAUCCGCAUCGACUCACAGACCAACUCGUCACAUCUGAAGGACGAGUUCCAGACAUUAAACUCGGUGACUCCUCAGCCUCAGCCUGAAGACUGCAGUAUUGCGUUGUUGCCUAGAAACCAAGAUAAGAACCGCUUUAUGGAUGGCCUUCCUCCUGACAGAUGCCUUCCUUUCCUCAUCACAAUAGACGGGGAAAGCAGCAACUACAUCAAUGCUGCUCUGAUGGAUAGCUACAGACAGCCUGCUGCGUUCAUCGUUACCCAGCAUCCUUUGCCUAACACCGUAAAAGACUUUUGGCGUCUGGUUUACGACUACGGCUGUACCAGUUUGGUGAUGCUGAAUGAAAUCGACCUGGCUCAGGGUUGUCCCCAGUACUGGCCAGAAGAGGGCAUGCUGCGUUACGGUCCGGUCCAGGUGGAGUGUAUGUCCUGCUCGAUGGACUGUGAUGUCAUCAGCAGGCUCUUCAGAGUCUGCAACCUCACCAGGCCUCAGGAAGGCUAUCUGAUGGUUCGUCAGUUCCAGUACCUGGGCUGGGCGGGGCAUAGAGAAGUGCCCGCCUCCAAACGCUCCUUCCUCAAACUGAUCCUGCAGGUCGACCAGUGGCAGCGUGAGGGAGAGGAGGGAGAGGGAAGAACCAUCGUGCACUGCCUAAAUGGAGGCGGUCGUAGUGGAGUUUUCUGUGCCAGCAGCAUUGUGUGCGAGAUGGCCAAGAGACAGAGUGUGGUUGAUGUGUUCCACGCUGUGAAGACCUUGAGGAACAGCAAACCAAACAUGGUGGAUACUCCGGAACAGUAUCGGUUCUGCUACGACCUGGCACUGGAGUUCAUCGAGUCCUCCUAAACAAAGGGGAGAAGAGGAGGGUGAGGAGGAGGAGGAGGAGGAGAUGAGGAGGAGUGGAACAUCUUUUCACUUCCCAUAUGUUUGAUCCUUUGCUUUCGCUUGGUCCCGCCUCCCCUCUGUGCUGGCCGUGCUGCGGCAUCCAUUUUUCGUCCCUACGAGUGGCGCCAGCGAAAUCGGCUCCUCGUACAGUGAAAACAAAUAAACAAAGGGAAAAGUUCAAACUUUUAACAGAUGGAGCUGCUGGGAGUGCAACACGGGGGAAGGUGUUACUUCUUUUACUCCGUUAUGCUUAUUGUAAAGCUUUUUGAGUGCCAGCGGGGCCCCCUGUUAUGUUUUGGGCCCCAUUUAAAUGUUUAGCAUCUCACCCAUGGACUUGAUGCCUCGUGCUGUCUCAGCUGCAGUUCUCAAUGUGCACUCUAGAUGUCUCCCUCCCCUCUUGCAAGCUGCGACCACAGCUUUUGAAUGACUGCAAGUUCAAGUGGCCCCUGCAUUCCUGCUCUCAUGUUGAUUUCUGACUAACUUAACAGUGUUGGGCAUCUCAUCAUGGUGAUGUUUGAAUACAAACGUAAAGCUGUUAAAGUUAAACUCUGCAAAUGCUUCUGUUUUCUACUCCAUACAUCAGCAGCAUCUUCAUGUUAUUAUGUUAUGAUUCUGGUCAUUUCAGUGAGCUCAGUCAGAACAUCAUGAUGUAUUUAAGUACGUAACAGCCACUUUCAGCCCAUUUUAAAUUGGUAACAUACAGCAGAUUGUUAGAUAACAGAAUACAUAGAAAAUAGCCCAAAUGUCAGUAUAAAUUCGCUAAUUAGGUAAAGUAUUGUUUUAGAAACAAGACUGACAGUGAAACAAAAACAGAAAAGUUUACACGGGGGAGUUUUGUUUUUUGUUUUUUUUUUUACAAUAUCAUGAAGUGGCAACUUGAAAAAAUGUGUAGGAUUAUCACAAAAUGUACAUGUUCAAAAAAUGUGACACUGUUUAUGUUUGUUGCAGUCGUAGUGAGCUGCAAGGGUCAAUUUGUCAUUUACUGAUGAGAAGUUUUGAAGUCUAAAAUAGUGUAAAAAUUGAAUACUUACGAAUUUGUUCAACCAUGUGACAUAAUCAUGUUGUUUCAGGGCUGGGCCCAAUGCACUUUCAAUUCAGCCAGUUCACAAAUGGGUUAUUUUAUUUCAAAUUUAAACAUAUUUUGGGUACAAGGGAAUCGGCUUAUUGUCUCUUAGGAAAGACUGAGAAUAAAUUACUAUUUAGUGAACAGACCAAUAACAGUUUCCAUUUAUACUUUGAAUGGAAUUGGAAGUGAACUGACCCCAGGCCUUGUUUGUUUGGUGCACUGGUGGCCGACACUCUUCUCUUUGUUUUUAUUAUAAUUUUGUAGCUGAUGUUUAUUCAUAAGCCAAAGACUUUGUGUAAAUAUGUCUAUAUGGAUAAAGCACAUUGUUUGUAUUUAUUGUUUGUUUACUUGCAUUGCUUGUAAGAACAAUCAUUUUUCAUUCCAUGUUUACUCUUUUAUCACCAGCGAUUCUUAAACUGUGGGUCGGGACGCAAAAUGGGCUUCAGGUCUGUUUCCUCUGGAGUUUCCUCUGAGAGUAUUAGUACGAUUUAAUGAGCCCAUAAUGGGUCCUGAGGCAAAGAGGCUAACGUGUGCUCGAUUUGGGUCCAUGAAGAGAAGUUUAAGAACCCCUGAUAGAAGCUGUAUAUUGAAGCAUUAGAAGUAGCUUUUCAGUAUUUAGGUGGAAUUCAGUACUUUUGUCUUGUUUUCACUUAAUGAAACUCUCUGUGAUGUUACCGUGGUUUAUUUGUGUAAAAGCCCCAUCGCUCUGUUUGUGGUCAGUAGAACAUCAGUGCAUUUAUAUGCACGGAGUAUUUUGGAUAAUAGCUCCUAUCCCUCUUAAGGUUUUAGUCGGGAUAAGCUGUUUAUCUUCAUCCUCAUAUCCUGCUCACCAUUAUCCCUGAAUACACACGGACUCAGUGAUGCAAACAGGCUUAGUGAGUGAAACAUGCAGGACUGUGAAACGAAUACAUUUAUUGUGCCUAAUCAUUUGAAUUUCCUUGUUGAUACAAGCGUUUUAGCAGCAUCUUAGACCAGCUUUGUCGAAUGCGUUCUCAUGGACGAUCAAUGUUUUGAAUACCUUUCGGACCACGAUUCAGUGUGUUUUAUUAAUCAGAAUGCUUCAUGAAUUCUUUGUGAGGCUUUAUCGAAUACCACAUGUGUAUCUGUCGUGCACAAACUUGAUUCAGAAAAAAAACAACUUUAUUGUAAAUAAAAUGUAAGAAGUUCUGCCUGGUUGGAAGAAGAGUAGCCCAGGUCUACUGUUAAGGAUGUUAUUGUAAAUAUACUAUCAUGUGUACCCUAAAAGACUCUAUUGUUGGAUGAACAGUAGAGAUUUAGAUGAUGGAUGCAAUGUCAGAACAUUAGUUCUGUUGUAGAUAAAAAAAAAAAAAAGAAAUGAAAAAAGUCAGAGAUUGUACUCCUAGAGGAUUCAGCUCAGAUUUUGACAGACAUUGUUUAAAAAUCAUUUUACUUUCCACUGAAUACAGAACUUUAUUCUGCUGGUGGAAGACCAGUUUUCUGUUUUUUCCUCCAGAUUUCUGGUUUGACUCAAAGAAGAGACAGAGACGACGUUCAGUGUCUUCAGUCAUGAUGGGGUUUACCAGUUGGACAACACUGAUGGCCAUCUCUGUAGCAUGCAGAGAGAGAAAGUGAAGCAGUCUAGUUUUAACAGAAAUUCAAUACAGCAUGUCAGCCUUUUAACUACACACUUAAGGAGAAAAGUGAGGAUGAAAUGCUGAUAAGAUGCCCUUAAUUUCUCCUUAAUAAAUCUGAGCUAAUGGCCCUGAAGAGUAGUGAAUAAAGCAGAAUAUCUGGAUGAGAGGCCAGUCUGAGUUUAGAGAUGAUAUUCAUGGAUCAUAAUUAUUCUUGUCUGUAAUGUUUGGCUUCUUUGCUGUAAUAAAGACCACUUCUUUAAUUAAAA